AAAGGAGAGAGCGAGAGCUAGGGAGAGAGAGGGGCAGUGAGUAAGGGAUCUCUCCAGAUGGACUGUGACGGAGUGUUAGGACUGGAGCAGGCUGUGGAGACUGAGUGUCUUUUAUAGUAGGGUUAGGCACAGCCUCUGUCUCUCUCUCUCUCUCUCUCUCUCUCUCUCUCUCUCUCUCUCUCUCUCUCUCUCUCUCUCUCUCUCUCUGUCUCUCUCUGUCUCUCCACCUACCAUGUGGAUAUCUGGCUUAUUAGUAUUUUCCUGGAAUAGCUGACAGAAGCAAGGACUAUGACAUCCUUCAUCUCUGGAAAAAAAGUGAUUUGAAGGGAGGAGAGGGGGAGGAGAGGAGGAGGAAAAGGAGCGUUCCUGAAGAGACCAGAGCUGGUAGUUUCCAGAAUUUCGGUCUCAGUCCCAGACGAUCUCACUCCGGAGGAGCAGCAGGAGUUGGAGAACAUCCGCCGGCGCAAGCAGGAGUUGAUGGAGGACAUUCAGCGGCUGAAGAAUGAGAUAGCAGAAGUGACCAGUGAGAUUGAGAACCUGGGCUCCACUGAGGAGAGGAAAAACAUGCAGAGGAACAAACAGGUGGCCAUGGGCCGGAAGAAAUUUAACAUGGACCCGAAGAAGGGGAUCCAGUUCCUGAUUGAGAAUGACCUACUGAAGAACACCAGCGAUGACAUCGCCCAGUUCCUGUAUAAGGGGGAGGGGCUUAACAAGACCGCCAUUGGCGACUACCUUGGGGAGAGAGAUGACUUCAAUAUCGAGGUCCUCCACGCCUUUGUGGAGCUUCACGAGUUCACAGACCUGAACCUGGUGCAGGCCCUCAGACAGUUCCUCUGGAGCUUCCGCUUGCCAGGUGAGGCUCAGAAGAUCGACCGCAUGAUGGAGGCCUUUGCUCAGCGCUACUGCCAGUGCAACCCUGGGGUCUUCCAGUCCACGGACACCUGUUACAUCCUGUCGUUUGCCAUCAUCAUGCUGAACACCAGCCUGCACAACCCCAACGUGAAGGACAAGCCCCCGGUGGAGCGCUUCAUCUCCAUGAACAGAGGCAUUAACGACGGAGGAGACCUGCCCGAAGACCUGCUCAGGAACCUGUAUGACAGCAUCAAGAACGAACCGUUCAAAAUCCCAGAAGACGACGGGAACGACCUCACACACACCUUCUUCAACCCGGACAGAGAGGGCUGGCUGCUGAAGCUGGGAGGUGGACGCGUCAAGACCUGGAAGAGACGCUGGUUCAUUCUCACGGACAACUGUCUCUACUACUUUGAGUACACCACUGACAAAGAGCCUCGAGGCAUCAUUCCUCUGGAGAACUUGAGCAUCAGAGAGGUGGAGGACAAGAAGCCUAACUGCUUUGAGCUCUUCAUCCCAGACAACAAGGACCAGGUGAUCAAAGCCUGCAAGACCGAGGCCGAUGGACGGGUCGUCGAGGGCAACCACAGCGUCUACCGCAUCUCUGCCCCCACCCUGGAGGAGAAGGAUGACUGGAUGAACAGCAUCAAAGCGGCCAUCAGCAGGGAUCCCUUCUAUGAUAUGCUGGCUGCCAGGAAGAAGAAGGUCUCGUCCAUGAAGAGGCACUAGAGAUAAACACCACUCCCGUCUCGCACUUGACAGAUAGGGGCCGGGGGGAGGACGCCCACUAGCCUGGCUCCUCUGGGGUCUCCCCUCCCCCCCUCCCCCCUCAUUACCGCAGAGGCUCCCAGGGAUGUCUUGCUCUUGCUUUGGGACACUACACAGGCUAUAGUACAGGCAGCAUGCUGAAUCUCGACAUAGAACCAGGCUCCAAACCCCUAAAGCCUCCUGCUCGCUGUAUGAAUGUUCACACUCGACCCUUUUUCUGUGUGAGCCCCCAGCCCUCAAAGAGACCCUUUUCUCAUGCUUUACCGGCAACACACACACACACAUGCAUACACACACUCGUAUAGCUACAUAUACACCAUUGAAACUCAGCAGGUCUGACAGUGUGUCAUCCCAACCAAAAUAAUCUUACUAGCUUUUGGAAAGAAAACUGAGCUUUUCUUGUGUACUUUCAUUUUUAGGGUAAUAUGUGUCUAUUUUUCCAGCUUUUACUGUUUGUCCUCUCAGUCCUCCACUCUUUGUUUGCUUUUUAAGGACCUUUUGAGAAAACUGAGGGGAAAUAGAGGUUUAAUUUGCCAACUUUGUUUGUGAUUUUGUAGAAAAGUGGUGAAAAAAAACUACUAAAAUAUUUCAAAGUUGCCUCUCAGGAGAUUGUUACGAUGUUCUGUAUCAGGAAAGAUGGGAGUUCCAGUCAAAACCUUCACUCAGUACCCUUGUCUUAUUUCUGAAAUGUAACAGGCUGAUAAUGCUUAACCUCAGUUGAAAGGAAGACAGUAUGGAUUUAGAGAGUCGUUGAAUGAAUGCACAGGAGCGUAAAUGUCACAUGGUUGUUGUGUUUGGGUAGGGUCUUAUAGUAAGACAACUAGGACUGUGUUCAUUUCCUGGCUAGCCUGGAAGUGCAUUCUGGGUACAGGUGUCUUCCGGACUGGUAAUAUUCAGUCAGGGCAGAGCUUCUCCCAGAAGCUUACCUAGGGGUUAGGGUGUCUAGAACCCCAGCUAUUGUCCUCAUCUACUCUCUCUGUCUCUCACUAUCCCCCUCACUCAGUACCCAUAAGAUCAUUCAAGGGUCAGUGAAGCAGAUGCAGUUUAAGAUGUUCCCAGCCCGCCGUGGCACACUUUAUGAUAUGUGACCUAUCAUGCUGCUGGUAACAAAUUCACCGACAGAUGGUCUUUCCCAGUCAAGCUGCUUUCAACCUAGUAACCGUGUAGGACCGCCUCUUCAUCACCUCUCCACGCAAUCCUGUCUGAUACUCAACCCGGAUUGACCGUUGGACAUAUCUUAUCCCUCACGCUAUUACAACACCAUCAGCAGCCAUUGAUGCAAGGCAAGAUGGAUCCAUGAUUGAUGUUGUUUAUGCCAAAUAAACAUUCAGACCCAACCCUCUGAAUGUUGCAGCAGAAAUCAAGACUCAUUAGACCAAGCAACUUUUUUUCUUUUUCCUCCAAUCCUAUAUUGUGCAAUGUUGGUGAGCCUGUGCGAAUUGUAGCCUCGGUUUCCUGUUCUUAGCUGACGGGAGGGGCACCCGGUGUGGUCUUCUGCAGCUAGAGCCCAUCUGCUUCAAGGUUCGACAUGUUGUGCGUUAAGAGAGGCUCUUCGGCACACCUCGGUUGUAACGAGUGGUUAUUUGAGUUACUGUUGCCUUUCUCUCAGCGCUAAGCAGUCCGACCAUUCUCCUCUGACCUCUGCCAUCAACAAGGCCUUUUCACCCAGAGAACUGCUGGUCACUGGAUAUUUUAACUUUUUCAAGCCGUUCUCUGCAAACCCUAGAGAUGGUUGUGUGUUAAAAUUCCAACCAGCCAGUCUGGCGCCAAAAACCAGGCCAUGUUCAAAGUCGCUUAAAACACCUUUGUUACCCCAUUUUGAUGCUGGGGUUGAACUUCAGAAGAUCGUCUUGACCAUGUCUCUACAUGCACAAAUGCAUUGAGUGGCUGCCACGCGAUCUGCUAAUUAGAUAUUUGCGUUAACUUGCAGUGAACAGGGUUACCUAAUAAAGUGGACGGUGAGUUGAGAUGAGUCUCAUAAGUCAGACAACAAUGUAAUUGUUGUAGAUGCUUUAAAACUGUUCAAGCAGAUCUUAAAAAUCACAGAAUGUCAAUUUGCUCUCAACAACAUUGUGCUUACGUGUGAAAUUAUACAACACUGCUUAUUGUAUCAGAAAAAACAUACUAUACGGAGAUCUUUAGUACCACUGAAAUGCUGUCAUGUGCUGAGGUUACAAGCCAGUGAGCAGUGAAAGAUGUUUGACAUGUCUUUUGGUAAACAUCAAUCUGCUUUUUUUUCUUUUAUUGUGAGUGAAAAUUUGCUACAUGAUGCAAAGUUUACCACAGGUGUAAGAAGGCACAGUUUUGUUAGUGCACAAAGCCAUUUCCUCUAUGAUGUCAUCAGUGCCUGUCUGCUAUUGGUCAUAGCUUGUUUGCUUCUGGUUUAGUUGCUUGCCCCUUGCAGUGCACUGAUGCCGCCGAGUAACAAUGCAGGAUGAAUUGGAAAACAAUCAUAAUUCUAGACAGUAUUGUUUUAUUUAUCAAGGUUGUAUAUACUUAAAUGUAUAGUGGGUAUUUGUCUCAAUUUUUAUAUGUCAUUUUGAGUUGAUCUAGCAGUAUAUUAUUAGCCGAGUGCCAUUUUCCUUUUUUUCUUCAGUCAUUAAGUAGUGUUUGAUUUAUAUCAGGUUUCUAUCAUUGCCAUGUAAUCAAGCUAAAAGGAAGUUAAUAAAAAUUGUUAAAACAA